UUGUUAGUGGAUGUUAUAAAGUCGCUGAAUUUUUUUGUGAGUGUGUGAAUAAUUGUAUGGUUGAAGUGUGAGAUAUAGAGAGGUAGAUAUGACUGCCACUGUUUCCCAAAACUCUCUGUUGCUUAUGUUGCUUUCUUCAUUUCAAGGUAGUAUUAACAUUCGGGUCAUGGUCCCUCUGAGCCUGUUAGCAGAAAUGUGGAUGGGUUGAUGUUUUGUACCUGAUUUUAUCAUCGUGGUUGAACGAGACUGUUAACUGAAUUUACAUAAUUUUUUGUUCUUCAGGAGAGGAGGCUGGUGGUGGGGUCUUUGGUUGGGAGUGAUUUUGCAUCCAUUUUGGAUGUGGAAGCAUUGGAGGCUGGCCCAGGUGAAAUGAGGGAUGUUAUCAAGGUUGAUGAACUUUCUGAGGGCCUGCUGGCUGCCAUCCUCAUACCGAUAUGUACAGCCAGGUUCGGAUGCAGUUGGCAGACAAGAUGGGUUACUUUGGUACAAAGACAACGGGCAACACUUGAACGGUGAAUUUUCAAUGGCUGUUGUACAGGCCAACAGUUUGCUUGAGGAUCAGAGUCAGGUUGAGUCUGGUCCCUUGAGCACGCUGGAGUCUGGCCCAUAUGGCACCUUUGUUGGAAUAUAUGAUGGUCAUGGCGGUCCUGAGACCUCCCGAUACAUCAAUGAUCACCUAUUCCAGAAUCUAAAAAGAUUCACAUCAGAGCAACAGUCCAUGUCAGUGGAUGUGAUACGGAAAGCAUAUCAAGCGACAGAAGAGGGAUUCCUCUCUGUUGUUACCAAACAGUGGCCUAUGAAACCCCAAAUUGCAGCUGUUGGGUCUUGUUGCCUUGUUGGUGUGAUCUGUGGUGGCACCCUUUACAUUGCCAAUGUUGGUGACUCCCGAGCUGUGCUGGGGAGAGUUAUGAAGGCUACUGGGGAGGUUCGUGCCAUCCAGCUGUCAUCAGAGCACAAUGUGGCCAUAGAAUCUGUCAGACAGGAGAUGCAUUCUUUGCACCCAGAUGACUCACAUAUUGUAGUUUUAAAGCAUAAUGUAUGGCGCGUAAAGGGAUUGAUACAGGUUUCUAGAUCAAUUGGUGACAUAUAUCUGAAAAAGGCUGAAUUUAACAGGGAGCCUUUGUAUACCAAGUUUCGCUUACGUGAACCUUUUAAAAGGCCAAUUUUAAGCUCUGAACCAUCGAUCUCUGUACAUGAACUUCAACCACAUGAUCAAUUUGUCAUAUUUGCUUCUGAUGGGCUGUGGGAGCACCUUAGCAACCAGGAAGCGGUUGAUAUAGUUCAAAAUCACCCACGCAGCGGAAGUGCUCGGAGGCUUGUGAAAACUGCCUUGCAGGAAGCAGCCAAGAAAAGAGAAAUGAGAUACUCAGAUUUGAAGAAAAUAGAGCGUGGUGUCCGCCGGCAUUUCCACGACGACAUAACAGUCAUAGUCGUAUUUCUUGACUCAAACCUUGUGAGCAGAGCCAGCUCAGCUAGAGGCCCUAGUUUGUCUGUGAGAGGACGUGGUAUUAAUAUACCUGCAAAAACUCUUGCCCCUUCCAUGGAAACCUCAUGAAGCCGGCUCAUGUAAUAUUGUACCUAUUGUUGAGUCCUUCUGAGAGCUCCGGUGAACCAUCAGCUUGUAAAUCCAAGAGAGAUAAGGAAGGUGCAGUCAAUUUUUUUUCACUGUACAAUGUAACAAUUAACUUGAACAUGUAUGUUACUUUAGUUUCUGAGAUCUUGAGCAGAGGUAUAAGGAAAGAAUCAAAGAUGUAGAGCUUCAAAGAUGACAAACACGAGAUUCUUUCUUGAGGAAA